AAUGACAGCACGAGUGAAGCGGUGUGCAAUGGUGUUUGGAACGAGAUCCUCCAGAGACACUUUCUGUAUCCGCGGUUCAUCAUCGCGCCGGAGCAACGACAGGCUACCGGGGGCCGUCCUAAUCUCACAAUCUUUACCAUGGACCGAAACGCCGACCAAGAAUCAACUGGGUGGCACCCAAUAUUCACCUUCAAAGGCAAAGCUCCUCGCCAUCAAAGAAGGAUGCUCGCGAUGGCCAAGAACCAGGCAGCUGGCUAUCUCCAAUCGCUAUCAUGGCCUAUUAGCCAACCGCUCGCAUGCGGCGAAAGCUUCGCCGUCAUAACGCUCAACUUGAAUAACGGUAUACUGAGCCAAAUUGGUCUCGGCACUCAGAACCCCACAGGUCCCCUCACUCCUUUCUCUCUCGAAAACAAUGGAGAUGCAGCAGGAUUUGAUCAAUUCUGUAGCAACCUCGCGGACGGCUUGUCCUAA